AUUAAUCUAAUCAGUUUUUGGAUUGACAAUAUUGCGUCUAUUAAAUUAAUUAAGUUGUUAGUGUAAAAUGAAACUUUUAAGACUUUUUUAAAUUUCAUCAUAUGUAUACAAUUUUUUAACGAAUUGAAUGAUCAUUCAUGAACUGGGUGUCGGAUCUGGAUUCUGGAACGAAUUUAGACCAAUCGGAUAACGUUUUCGAUUUUGGCCUUGCAUGAAAGUAUGAUGCUGUGAUAAGCAUAAGCAUUGGAUACGUCAUAUUGUAACAAUGAAUAACUACUUUGGUUAUUGUUAUUUAUUAAAUUAACUUCUUACUUCAUAGAUUAAUAUCUAUGUUUAACCUAUCUAUUCCCAGUUCUUGCGAACAAAGUAUGUCUAGAUAAUUAGACAAUUAAAGUAGUUUGACAAAUAAUGGCUUAUGUAAAUGUGGCUGAUUGGAAGUCUGACCAAGUAGCUGACUGGCUCAAAGGUUUGGACAGUGUUAUUUUACCGUAUAUCAAAUAUUUUAUUGAAACUGAUAUAAAUGGUCAGAAGUUGUUAGAUAUGCAACCUAAUGACUUAGAUAAAAUCGGUGUACGAAAAAUUGGACACCAAGAACUAAUAUUAGAAGCUGUAGAUCUUCUUAGAAACUUUCAUUAUGAGCUAGACAAAGAAAAUGUACAGCUCUUAGCAUUACGGUUAUCAUGUUGUGCUCAUAAUUUGUACAAAGAAAUUAUGCAAAAUCAUUUAAAUUCUUCUACUCAAGUUCCAACUAAAAUAUUGACAGAUGUAGCUAGCACAGUUGCUACGCUAAAACCAUUAGUAAAUUGGUUAAAUAGACCUCCAUUUUGUGGGCAACCUCAUUACAUAAAUAUGAAAAAUAACUUGCUGAAAUUAGCUCUUGAAAUAGUCACUAGUGGUCAACGUGAUCGUUUUGCUGAGAAUCCUGUUGAAAAUAUUUUUGAAAGUGCUAAACAGCUUGCUCAACAUGCUGAUCAUAUCAUUCAAGAAAGUCAAGAUUCAUUAAUUUUACAACCAGCCACUUUGGAUGUUGCUACUCUAAAAAAACGAUCUGGUGAAUCUCUGGGAUUUUAUAUUGUGCCAUCAUUUCAUGGUGUACACCAAGUAGGAGAAGUAAAAUGUAAUAGUGUAGCUCAUCAAUGUGGAAAAAUCGAAGCCGGUGAUGAAAUAGUUCAAGUAAACUAUCAAACUGUGGUUGGAUGGCAAGCAAGACAAGUAAUGGCUUUAUUAGAAGAAGCAUCUAAUGAUAUAUUUUUAACUUUAAAAAAACGGCCAAAACAUAGUAAAGUAUUUGGUCAGAUAUACAUGAAGCCAUAUCGCCUUCCUAGUAAAAAGAUAUUUAAUUAUCCACAACGAUACUUUGAUCAACUUACGCCACCUAGACCCAGUGACCUGUUAACAAUUCCAAAUUUUAGUUUCCCUGUACAAAAGCAAGAUAAAAAAAAAGCACCUAAAGUUCAAGAAAAUCAACUUCUAAGUGACCAUUUGCUAAGUCCACCACCAGUUAUUCAUUUAGGAGGGCGAUCAAUAUCUCCUGAGAUGUGUUCACAUAGCAAUAGCAGUAGUGGUGAUGAAAGUGAACUAGAGAGUGCAAACUGUUCUUCACCCACCUCUGUCAGACUUUAUUUACCUAAACCUCAUAUUCCAGUACAACGGCGGGCUACAAUAAGUGGAGCCAGUCCAAUUGGAAAACAUGCCCCAUUUAAUUUUGAUCAGUUAUGGUUAAAACAAGCGAACGAGGCUCAUAACAACACAAAAAAUAAUGCUGAUAAAUCUAAUAGUGAGAUGCAACUAAGUAAACAUUCUAAGCCAACAAAAGUUCAUUGGACAUCAUUACCUGCUAAUGAGGAAAAACUGGAAAAUCAAAAAUUUUCUGAGAAAAACAUUGUGGAUAACUCUGCUGUCAAAGACGAUGUAUUAAGUAGUACAGAUUUCAUAUCCUUAAAAGAACGUAUUAAUCAACUAAAGAUUAAUACUAGCCCUGAACAUAUUGUUAGCAAAAAACCAAAAAUUAUGCCAAAACCAAUAGUAACUAAACCAAAUGAGCAGUCAUCGAUAACUAAAGUUCGUGGUAAAUUAGAUAAAAGUUUUAGUACACCGUCUUAUGAUUUUUCAGUGGUCAGUAAUUCUCAAAAUGAAUUUGAGGAUUUUACAUCUGAUUUAAGAAUGUCUGCAGAAGAUGUAAAAAAUUAUGACAAAUCUGAAGUUAUUGGCAAAUGUUAUACCAAUUUAGAUAAAUCUAGAAGGCCUGAUAAACCUGUAUUAACAUUUCCUAAACCACCACCGACAAAAAUUGACGAUUGCGAAAUUCCAUUAUUCGUAGAUGACAAUAAUAUUAAUUUUGCAAAUAAAAAAGUAAAACCGAAUGUACAUACUCCACAAUUACUUCCUCCUAAAUUUGAUGAAAUAAAUUCAAACGCAUCAGAAGACACUCAAAAUAAUUUUGACAUUGUACCACACAAUUACAAACCGUUUGAUUUAUCUGAUCGUAAAGAUGUAAAAAUUGAUAAUUCAUUUUUAUUUGAACAAAAUAAAAGUGACUAUAUACAUAAUUUACCAAAAUCCUAUACAGAUUAUCAUAUUGGAAAUACUACUUAUGACAAUGUUGCCAUACAAGUAUCAAAUGACAGAGUUCCUAAUUCAAUAGAAUCAUCAAAGUAUUCAAUAAAUCGUUUGAAGAAUAUAUCUGCUAAUAGUAAAACUAAUGAUUUAUCUGAUUUUGAAAAAACAUCAUUUUCUGAUUUAUCUGAUGCCUGCCCUCCUUUAUCAUUAACUGACCUUAGUGGUAGCGACGAUAAUAUAUUUCAAGUAGAACCGAAAGACAACAUAUCAUUACCAUCUGAGCGAACGGCCAUAACACCGCAUCAAGCAGUUCUCAAUGCUCCUGCUACAUUUCCUAGACAGAAAACUGAGACAAAAAAGUCUCAACCACCAUUGCCACCUCCUAGGCCAUCCAAAACUAUUGAGUUACCUAAAAGAACAAGCUAUAGAGCAAUGUUAGGUGCCAAAGCUAUUGGUAAAAAAGAAAAUAAAGGAAAGCUUUGUCAAAGAAAUCCGUUGAUAGCCAAACGACGAAAUAUUAGUAUUAAAGAUUUAGGAAUAUGUGAAUAUCAAGGAUGGCUGUAUCAAAGAUCAAAAAAAAUAUCGCCUCGCAUGCAGUGGAUUAGGGGAUGGUUUAUUAUUAAAGGCACGGCAUUCUAUGGAUUUAAUAAUAGAGAGUCCACCAAAGCACGCCUUAUGAUUAUUUUAUCUGGUUUCACUGUAUCAGUUGCGGAUGAAGUGAAAUCGAGAGCCAAUGCAUUUAAAGUUUAUCACAUGGGAACAAUGUUCUACUUUGCUGCUGAAUCGUCAGAUGAUCUUGCUAUGUGGUUAGAUUGGUUUUCAACUGCUACGUCUGUUGAUGGACAUAACUCAAAUGUUGAAGCAGUUAGUGAAACUGAUGGGGAGGAGGACAAUCUUCCUGAUGAAAAUCAAGGACCAAUGGAUCCUCCUAUCACAGUAAAACCAGAAACCUCCCAUGAAACUAACUUUACAAGUUCAGCAUUGAAAAAUAUAUCUACAUUUAUAUCCAGUCAUAUGGGUUCACAUUCAACUGGCAAUAGCGCUUCACAAAAAAAUAAAAAUUUUCAUUCAUUAAAGAAACAGCAGAAAAAAAAUUUGUCAAAGGAAGAUCAAGCAAAAGGUAGUAGUUUAGAUAGGAAACACUGGAAAUUUCUUGGAAUGGGUAUGAUAGGACGAGAUUCAAGUGAACCAGUGCCGACUUCUCAAUAUCGUAGUUACCGUCGAGUACCACCAACAGUUCCUAAAUAUACAGCCGAGGCAUCUGUAUCUACCAAUUAUAACCAAAAUUCUGAUAUAUACCCUUUACCUCAAGCUAACCAUAAUCGUCCUCCAGAUAUGGUCGACUAUCGAUUAGCUUCUAUGUCAAAAACUUCUGAUAAUAACCAUAGACGAACAGAUUCUACCAACAGUUCUGAAAUGACUUUAGAAUCGUUUAUGCAAUCUCGUCAAGAAGCUGAAAGACGUAUUCAAAAUGUCCAUAUGGCUUUACGAGUCCCUCAAUAUACAGCGCCUCCACCACCAGCUAGUGUCAGGAACGAUCAAAAUCAACAAUUUUUAGACCAAACUGGUUUCAGAAUUGCUGCUGAAAGUGAGCCUCGUUCAAGGCAACCUAUUACUGCUUUAACUAGCAUUGAACACAACUACAAUUUAAAUGUACUACCGACUUGGAUAACAGAAGGUUCAAGCCAUUCUAAUGAUUUAAAUGGCAAUAGAAGUACCAAAAAUUCACCAUUUCAGUUGUAUUCUAAUAGAUACUCCAUGGACCAAAUUAGUGAUAACGAGUCUCUAGAAUAUCCACCUGUUUUUGAUCCUGAAACUUACUCAAUGACUGAAGCACUUUCAAGAAGACGAGAUAGAUCAAAUAAUAAUUUAGACUUGGAUUGCCCUCAAGGUAAUAGUUAUAAUUUCAAGUGAUAACUUAUGUACAAUUACAUUUUUUCUUUGUAUUAGUAUUCAUAUAUAUAUAUAUAUAUAUAUAUAUAUAUAUAUUAAUAAAUAUAUAUAUAAUAAGCAAAAUUGAUUAUUAUAUUUUAGAUAUGUUUAUGUUUUAGAAUUAUGCAUGAAACCAAUGUUUAAUCAAUAUUAAAUUUUUUUUUAAUUUAUAAUUUUAUAAUAAUAUAAUUAUAUAUACUUGUACAAAAAAAUUGAUCCAAAUAUAAUAUUUUGUAAUACACAUCACAAAUAU